CACACUAUAAAGCGCUUCAAGCAGGAACGUGAACACUCAUAUCAUCGCUUGUCACUCAGAUGCUCAGACCAGGAUGGACUUCGAUCUGUCUCAAGCUCUGGACGGCCCAUCAGAUUUGGAUGAGACAGAACUUAACUCCAGGUGCUUUAAUGACGUGGACGUCCAAGACAAAGUGAUCCGGAUUGAUGAGGGGCUGGACCUGCGGGUGAGCAGCUGUAAGCCGGACAUGGCGAGGGUCGUCAGCCUGAUGCUGGCCGUGGGCAGGUGGAGGACGUGGAGCCAGCUCAGCGGCGACGAGCUGUGCCGCACCAUCAUGCAGAACCUGGUGGAAGAAACGGUCGUGGAAAGCCCCGCGAGCACGUGCACCAGGCAGACGAGCGCCUCUUACACGCGCAUGAAAAGCGAGGAGUGCACUCUGUGCGACGCGCACCAAAAGUCCGUCAUCCUGUCCUCAGGGAGGCUGGAGGCCAUCACCCUGAAAGGAGACUACGACGACCUCAAAGUGAAAUUCAGCGUGGGCCGCUACAUGUCCCCCAGAGACAGCGAGCCGACCGUCGUCGUCCUGUCAAUCAAAAACAGCGACCUGCACAUUUCCUGCUCCAUGGAGGGGGACAAGGCUGUGCUGAGCCUGGAGGAAUGCAACAAGGAGACGCUGAAGCAAAUCAGCAACGAAAGCCGGAAGCGCUUCCUCUUCUACAAGCGCGCGCAAGCGGUCUCCCUGACCACGUUCGAGUCCGUGAUGUGCUCCGACUGGUUCAUCAGCACGUCGCCCGACGGGGACGAGCAGCCCCUGGAGAUGUGUAACGACGAAGCCUGCCGCCUCACCAGCUUCAGGGUGAUCUGAACGUCCGGCGGCUCCAGGGUUGUCCUCAAGCUUCCAUUUCCACUUCUCCUGCGCUCUCCAACGUGGACACAACUAAAAGCCUUUACUUUAUAUUCUUCAAGUGUUUGUGUUGGAAAAAUACUGCAUUUAAUCAUUGAAACAUACUUUGGUGAAGCCUCGUUAGCUGUGCUUUAACCUUGAAGUUUUCUCCCUUCUGCUCUGCAAGAAAUAGGGAGUACCAGUGUGUAGCAUCCUUAUCUGAUGAGCCCAAUGCUUUGUGCAGAGAAUAUUUCCUACGUACUGUGUGACUAUGCACCUCCCAGAAUGCAAUACAUAUUAUGAGCUGAAUCCUUGUCUUGUCUUCAGUGAGAGGAAGUUGCCUUUGCUGUAAACUGCUCACUCCCUGCAAGUAAAAUCCUGAAGAAGGUC